CGCCUGUUUUUAAUAUCAUUAUGAGACCUGCGCCUCUUGAAUCUGUCGCUAUGGAGGAACCUCAUGGAGACAGUAUUGUCAUAUCUGGGGUUUCCACGCUCAUGCCUGGAUGUAAAAGCUUUUUGGACUUGGCUGAGAAGUUAUACAUAAAGGAGCGCCUGGUGAAACACAACCUAGCCCACUGGAACUACCACAAGCACCCUGAGUUGAGUCCGUACGUGGGUGUGCUGACGGAAGACCUGACUCACUUCGAUGCCCAGUUCUUCAUGGUCCACAACAGCCUGGCUCCCUCGUUGUCAGUCGUGUCUAAGAAGGUCUCUGAGCAGGCCUACAAAGCCGUAUUCGAUGCUGGAGUAUGCCCAGCAGAGAUGUACGGCAAGCCGGUGGCGGUGUACGCUGGUGUGGGCUACGACGAGUAUGACAAGCCCGUGUUCUACACCAUGGUCAAGAAUGGACUACUGGGGGCAAGCGAGACGAUGAUAGCGAACCGUGUAUCCUACUACAUGAAUCUAACAGGUCCUUCCGUGACCAUUGACGCGGAUAGUUGCAGCGCGUUCACAAUGCUUGAACUCGCCCAACAAGCUAUCCUGUCCGGGGUCUGCGACUCGGCUAUCGUCAGCUCUGCUAAGAUUCUGAGGCAUUCGCCUACAUCUAUCGCCUAUCAUAGACAUGUGCCAGCUAGUCCCGAUGGAAAAAUGAGGUCUUACGACUCCGAGGCGAAUGGCCAGGUCAUGUCAGAAGCCGUGACAGUUAUGUAUCUCCAGAAAUAUAAGGAUGCUAAAAGGGUCUAUGCGCAUUUACGUCAUGUUAAAAGCGAGUUUACUAUGGGCGACGUAAUCGGUGAAGACUGCACCUUCCACCGGGAUGUGGCCACUUUGACAAAGUUCUUCAGCAGCUUCUACGACGAAGCCAAGAUACCACCGUCUCUAGUGGAAUACAUUGAUGGUUUUGGGGCAGCGAUUCCAGACUUCGAUAAAACCGAGUUAGAAGCUUUAGCCCAAGUUUUCUGUAAGACUCGCGAGUACCCACUAACUGUUGGCAGUAUAGCAUCCAACGUUGGUUACACUGAGGUCAGCGCUGGAUUUUGUGGAAUCGUUAAGAUGUUAAUAGCAUACCAAAGAGGGGAAGUGCCAGCGAAUCUAGACUGCGAUAGUCCACGUCGGGACGUGGCAGCUAUCCAGCAAGGCUUGAUGCAGAUAACCACGGAACACACGCCGUUCCGGAGGACAUUCUCUGGCGUCAGCUCCUACUCUUUGCGUGGGUUGAAUGGACAUGCUUUGCUGCAAGGAGUCUAUAAGCCCAAGAAAUGUCAUAAAAAUGACGUAGAUCUCCCAUACUUGUUGCUGGCAUCAGGCCGCAGAAACUCAGCUGUUCAGAGAAUUCUAGAAGACGUAGGUUCUCGCCCCAUCGACCCUGAGGAGAUAGCACUGUUCCAUAACAUCUUCAAGACACGCAUACCGCAGCACAUGUCUAGGGGAUACGGGAUUUAUGAAUCAAAACCCGACGGAACCAAAAUCGCUCGAGAAAGCAAGGGUUACUACGACGAGAAGGUCAGGCCCCUGUGGUUCGUGUACAGCGGCAUGGGGUCGCAGUGGGCAGGCAUGGGCGUGGACCUGAUGAGGAUUCCUGUUUUUGCAGACGCUAUUUUCCGCUGCCACAAAGUGCUGGAGCAGAAAGGCUUGGACCUCGUCAGCAUCAUCACAAAUCCCGAUCAGAGCAUCUUCGACUACAUCCUCAAUUCGUUCGUGGGUAUAGCUGCGAUCCAAAUCGGCCUCACUGACGUACUAAAACAUGUGGGACUUGUUCCAGACAACAUUAUUGGCCACAGCGUCGGGGAGCUGGGUUGCGCCUAUGCCGACGGUUGCCUUACAGCUGAAGAGACGAUCCUGAUGUCCUACUACCGCGGUCUAGUGUCUGUGGAGACCAAAUUCAUCAGAGGAUCUAUGGCGGCUGUUGGGAUCGGUUAUAAACAGAUAUCAAGAAUCUGUCCUUCCGAGAUCGAGGUGGCUUGUCGCAACGGCCCCGACUCCUGCACGAUAUCGGGCCCUGAAAGGGCGGUUUCGCAGUUCGUCCAAUCCCUGAAGUCCCGAGGGAUCUUCGCCAAGGAGGUCAAGUGCUCCAAUAUUGCGUAUCAUUCCCGUUACAUCGCUGAAGCUGGACCGACGCUGCUAAAGUACACGAAGGAAGUAGUAAAAACGGCAAAACCGCGAAGCAAGCGUUGGAUCUCAACUUCGGUUCCUCAAAACAAAUGGAAUACACCCACCUGUAUGUACUCCUCGGCUGAAUAUCACACGAACAACUUAUUGAACCCCGUACUAUUCGAAGACGUGCUUCGCUUCGUGCCUUCCGACGCAGUGCUGGUGGAAGUGGCUCCGCACGGGCUGCUGCAGGCCAUACUCAGGCGAUCGCUGUCUGCCGACUGCCAGCAUGUGACGAUGACGAGGCGAGACGAUAAAAACGCUGUGAAUGUGCUCGUGGCUAUUGGAAAGUUAUACAUGGCAGGUUACGAUGUCGACCCCAGCGGGUUAUAUCCAAAGGUGGAGUUCCCAGUAGCAACAGAAACCCGACCACUGUCACACCUAGUGGAGUUGAUUCAUGAUGUUAACUGGCCAGUUACCUUAUACAAAAAUCCGCAGAGGAAGCACAACGCAGUGUACCGGCAAGUUAUCACAGUCCAUGAUGAUGAUUACUCUUUCUUAACUGGACAUUCCAUUGAAGGUAGAGUAGUGUACCCGUUUGCAGCUGCGCUCACCUCUGUCUGGGACACUCUGUCCAUGAUUACAAACUCGCGAAGAGGAGAAGUUUCUGUGGUCUUCCAAGAUGUCAUGCUGCGCAUUCAACCGGUGGUAGAGAAAGAGAGGCCAUUGCACGUCUCUGUCACGCUGCAGAGAGGCUGUGGGCGGUUUGAGGUAACAUGUGAUCAAGGAAUAAUAGCAGAUGGAACUAUAACUGCAAUGACAGUGCCAUUUACAGCGAGCGAGAAACAAAUUCAGCAUAAAAAAGGACCCUAUGAGUUGACUGCUGAAGUUAUCUACAAGUUGUUCUAUGAUAGAGGACACGAAUACAGUGGCCAGUUUCAAAGCAUCUCUAACACCAACCUGGAUCAAACCCGUGGGCAACUCAAAUGGAAUACAAAUUGGGUGACAUUCAUUGACGCCAUGCUGCAAAUGCAAACAUUGAGAAGCACAUACGACGGGAUCACCCAAAUAGAUUGCAUUAAAAGCAUUGCCAUUAACUUCAAAAAGCAUCUGCAAGAAAGUGUGAAUUGUAAUGGCUUAUUGGACGUAACGUUUGAUGAACUUGCAAGUACGAUAAAAUGUGGUGGUGUGGUAAUGGAAUCUGUGAGGUUGAAAGAGAUACCAUCAUCAACAACGCAUUCAGUUUCUUUGAGGACACUGACAUUUGUACCUUUCAAACAAGAAGAUGAUUGCGACGUGACCACUAUGAUGUAUGUAUAUGCACAAAUUAUAGCUGAAAACUUGAACAGCAAGAAAAUAACAGUUUUCUGCAUUAACAGUAAACAUUGUGCUUUAGAAAAAAUCAAAGAACUUCUAAAAACACCGCCACUUAUUGACAUUGAAAUAAUUUACAUUGACAAAGAGGAACUAUUUGGAACGAAAAAGAUUGCUAGAAAGCCUGAUCUGGUGUACAUGGAUGAUCUUUGGAACAAAUCUAUUUUUGAAGCACUCUUUCACACUUUACCAAGAAAUACCUACAUUCUUAGUCGAGGUAUAGACACAUAUGAUUUAUAUCCAUCAACUUUAUACCGCGUUCUUUGCUCUUCUGGAAAAGGUAAUACCAAAGUUGAACUAGCCCGAUGGAGACCAACACAGCCAGUGACCACAACAACAGUUCUCACUGUAAAAUCAUCAUCUGAUAUAAAUAAUCUAAUGUCAGUACGAAAUAAUUCGACCAAUAAUCAAAAACUUUUGAUUCUCACAUCAUAUCCAGCAGCAGUUGAAUUGAAAAAGCUAGUAACAGAACGGAAAACAGAUAUGGAUAAUAUAUCAGUAGUCAUGAUGCCCGAUAAUUGUGAAGACCAUGAUUUUAAACCACUGUCAAACUUCGAUUUUGUGUUUAACAUUUAUCGUAAAGGUGUCUGGGGAGGUGAGUACUGCGUUCCAACAAUUUCAAAAACCAUUGAAACUGAAAAUGUGGCGCUUAUAAUCAUGAAUCCUGGAGAUUUAGACUCGUUGACAUGGGUGCAAGUUUCAAACGAUUCAAGUAAUAAUAUUCCAGUAACGAUUCAUUAUGUUGGUCUCAAUGUAAACGACGUUUACCGAGCUCAGAAUUCCAGCAAUGUCGAUGAUGGCUUUGGAAUGGAUUUCAGUGGACUGACAGAAAGAGGCGAUCGUGUUAUGGGGUUGGUGAAGUCCGGAGCAGCUAGAAGAACUGUAAGAGCUGAUCCAAGGUUGUUGUGGCCAGUGCCAGAUCAGUGGAGCUUGGAAGACGCGGCUACAGUUCCUUUGGCGUAUGCGCACGCCUUCUACUGUUUGGCAAUCAGAGGCAAAUUGCGUUCUGGUAUGACCAUCCUAAUACAUGGUGGAGCCGGCGCAUUGGGCCAGGCGGCGAUCUCCAUAGCCCUGGCCUACGGAUGUCUUGUGUUCACCACCGUCUCCGACGUGAGGAAGAAGCAUUUCUUGAGGAAAUUAUUCCCGGAGCUCAAAGAGGAAAACAUCGGGAAUUCCCGUGAUGAAACUUUUGGAGAUAUGAUCAUCACUCGCACCAAAAAUGAGGGAUGCGACAUUGUGGUCAGCUGUGUUCGAGGUUCUCUCAAAAAUACAACCCUGAAAUGCGUAGCAUCCGGAGGCAUGGCCAUAGACAUAGCUCAGCUCUCGCGUCCAGAAGUGUGCAACUACAAUCUGUUCCACAUGUUCAGAAACAGAUCCUUCUCGCUGGUCGACUUCUCCUCCAUCUUUAGGAAUGACAACAACGACGAUAUGUUGAAACUACACCAACUCAUCAGCGACGGGAUCGCCCUCGGCCACGUUCGCCCUCUUUCGCGAGUCACGUAUUCUCCAAGUGAGGUGCCCAGAGCUUUGCGACUGCUGGCCGCCAGCAGACACCGAGGUCGUGUGCUGGUGAAGAUGGAGGGUCUACCUCGGGUUGAACCUAGAAUAAUCUGCUCACCGAACCUGUGCCAGCUGAUAGUAUCAGAGAGAGAAGACUUCGCAGUCCAGUUGGCUGAUCGCCUGGUGGCCCGAGGUGCUAGGAAGAUACACCUGCACUAUAUUCGACCAACCUCCUAUCUGAAAUACAAGCAACUUUGUUGGCGAAACCAAGGCGUGCAAGUUCAAGUGACCACGUUUGAAAUGAACAAGAGGAAGCAAGUCGAAGCCUUGUUGAAGGAAAGCAGUCUCCAAGGAGGUAUCGAGGAUAUUUUUAUCAUGAUUGGAGGAGUUCCCGAGUAUUUGAGGAGUGAUGGGUCCAUGCUGGUGAAUUUGGACUUAGAAUCUAGAAGAUUAUGUCCUAAUUUGAGAAACUUCACUAUAAUUAGUGAUGAAGAAAUCGAUCGUGAUAUAGUUGACAACAGGACUCAAGGAGGACUGCCGGUUUUGGUUUUGCUGCUUCAAAACUUGAAACAGUUUGGAUCUGUACAGCAAUCGCAAGAUCAAGAAAACAUGGGACGAUGGCGACUGGCUCUGGAUGCUAUAGAAAAGGCAUUACAAAGUGGCGAUACAAUUGUUUAUGCGCACACGCAGCCAUCACCGGCACUUUUGUUUAUGGAAGAAAUUAAUAGAAUCUCAGGUAUAACUGUAACUAAGGGUUGUGAGAAGAAGACGUUAGAACAGUUGGGUGUAGACGGCAUGAAGGCAUUCGAACUGUGCAAUAUGCUAAGAAAUAAAUUCGGAAUCACCGUUCAGGAAGAACAUCUACCAGAGAUGACAUUAGCUGAGCUGAAAAAUCUUCAAAACGAAAUGGUUACUGUAAAUGGUGAAGAGAUAGGUUUUAGCGGAUUCCUCGACAUGGUGGACAAAGACGAACUCAUCUCCACGUCGGACAGAAUUGAGAUGCCCACACUGAUUUUUCCAAAUGGAACUCGUCCCGAUGAACUGAACAAAGAUCUUAAUUACAUAUGCGUGGUACCUGGUCUAGAGGGUCACUACAGUCGCUUCUAUCUGCUCUGCGAAAGGCUUAAGAUGCCCGCAGUAGUGCUACAACCAGGAAUUGACCACCCGGGUGAGAAUAUUGAAGAUAUGGCGAAGAGACUCGUCGAUGUUAUAAGGAAGAAGUUAACAGUGAAAGAUCACUACUAUCUCGUAGGCUACGAGUUUGGCGCAUUGAUGGUGUUGGAAAUGGCGACCAUUUUGGAAAAACUUUGUAUAACAAGCACAGUGUACCUCCUAGGUGGCACCCCAACUGACAUCCAAUGCUCACUCCAAUCAAGACUAGCCAAUUUUGAUGCAAAUUGGGAAGACACUUUAGCCUUACACUCAUCAUCACUGAUAAAAGGCACCAAAAUCUAUGUUGAUUUACAAAAAGCGGAAACUUGGGAUGAAAAAGUCGAUGUUUGUGUGAAAAAAAUAAGAAAAACGGUAAAUCAAUCUUCGCAGUAUAUAAAAAUGCAAAUAAACGCAUUUUACAAUAGAAUCAACAUGCUUCGAAAUUGGAAUUUCAAAAUAAAACCGUUGAAUUCCAAAGUGAUUAUUUUAAGAGCAAUGUUGCCAACAGAAAUAAAUCAAAAUGAGUUGAAACGUAUUUCUACUAUGGAUGUGGAUGUUUUUAAUUUGUCUUCUUCUCUGACUAGGGCUGCGAAAGAUUUGAAAUGCUCUGCUAUUGUAAACCGUAAUUUGAGCCCUGAUAUAUUAGAAGAGUAUAGAUUGAGUAACAAGUGUGAAACUAGUAUUACUAAAAGUAAUGUGUACGCUGUGGUAGCAUCGUAAUAUGAUUGCAAUUAAUGAAAUUUCUGCAAUAAAACAUAAGAAUGAUAUAUAAUUAUCAAUUUAAAAGUUAUGUUGGUGUUGUACUUGGGUUUUAAUUAUAUUUAUGAAACUAAAUGUAUUUUAUUCUUUUAACGUUUUCACUUUGUGAAAAAUACCAACUGCAUUCAGAAUAGGAUAAAUUCAGAAUUAGCAUAAUAAUUUAUGUUCUAAUCAUAUUAAAAAAGUUCACUUUGUAACAAGCCGUUUAUUAAAUGCCAAAAAUUGAAAUACAACUUGGAAUGAUUAACACUCCUUAUUCUAUGAAGUCAUAUGUAUCUAUACUCGUAUGACCAACAUUCAAGUCAGUAAUGGGAAAAAAUAUUAUCUUAUCUAAAAAUGCUCAACAAAAUGCCACAUACGCAUAUAUCACGUCUUUAUUCAAAAUACAAGUAGACAACAUAGGUAGUCUAAUUAUAAAUUCAGAUGCAUGAUGCAAAUACCUAAAUAAAUUACAUUUGUAAUAUUUGGUAUGACAUAAUAAUUUUAUCCAGCCCUGAGAUAAAUGCCAAAUAAAAAAAAAACAAA